CUGCGGAUUCCUCCAGUCCCUCCCUCGGCCGCCUCUCCGCCCGGAGCGAGCGCGCAGCCCCGCGCGGCAGUGCCCACCGGUCCCGUCCUGUGAGCCCCGGCCCCAGCCGCGGACAGCCCCACGGAGUCGCCUCCCGGCCCACCCGCCCGGCCGCCGAGGAGCGGGAGGAGGACGGGACCCCGGCGCCCCCACCCUUUAUCCGGGGGAGGUUGACAACUCUGUUCUGCCAGCUGUCCUUAAAUACCCAGCUUAUCUCCUGGGGUGGAGUCGAGGACCUACCAGGAUCCUUGGAGCAAAGACAUUUGUGUGCCAUUUGAGCAGGAAAGAAGGCAGGGUGCACUGUGUGUUUUAUUCGUUGUUUUAAAGAACUCUAAGAAGGAGCUGAUGUGGAGGAGCAGCUGAGACAGUUCAAGAUGACGACCACAGUAGCCACAGACUAUGACAACAUUGAGAUCCAACAGCAAUACAGUGAUGUCAAUAACCGCUGGGACGUGGACGACUGGGACAAUGAGAACAGCUCUGCGAGGCUCUUCGAGCGCUCCCGCAUCAAGGCUCUGGCAGAUGAGCGUGAAGCUGUGCAGAAGAAAACCUUCACUAAGUGGGUUAAUUCCCACCUUGCCCGAGUGUCCUGCCGGAUCACAGACCUAUACACUGACCUUCGAGAUGGACGGAUGCUUAUCAAGCUGCUGGAGGUCCUCUCUGGAGAGAGGCUGCCUAAACCCACCAAGGGACGAAUGCGCAUCCAUUGUCUGGAAAAUGUGGACAAGGCCCUUCAGUUCCUGAAGGAGCAGAGAGUCCAUCUUGAGAACAUGGGGUCCCACGACAUUGUGGAUGGAAACCACCGGCUGACCCUUGGCCUCAUCUGGACCAUCAUCCUGCGCUUCCAGAUCCAGGAUAUCAGUGUGGAAACUGAAGACAACAAAGAGAAGAAGUCUGCCAAGGAUGCAUUGCUGUUGUGGUGCCAGAUGAAGACAGCUGGGUACCCCAAUGUCAACAUUCACAACUUCACCACUAGCUGGAGGGAUGGCAUGGCCUUCAAUGCACUUAUACACAAACACCGGCCUGACCUGAUAGACUUUGACAAACUGAAGAAAUCCAAUGCACACUACAAUCUGCAGAAUGCAUUUAACCUGGCAGAGCAGCACCUUGGCCUCACUAAACUCUUGGACCCCGAAGAUAUCAGUGUGGACCACCCUGAUGAGAAGUCUAUUAUCACUUAUGUGGUGACUUAUUACCACUACUUCUCUAAGAUGAAGGCUUUGGCUGUUGAAGGAAAACGAAUUGGAAAGGUGCUUGACAAUGCUAUUGAAACAGAAAAAAUGAUAGAAAAGUAUGAAUCACUUGCCUCUGACCUUCUGGAGUGGAUUGAACAAACCAUCAUUAUUUUGAACAAUCGCAAAUUCGCCAAUUCACUGGUUGGGGUUCAACAACAGCUCCAGGCAUUCAACACUUACCGCACUGUGGAGAAGCCGCCCAAAUUUACUGAGAAGGGGAAUUUGGAAGUGUUGCUUUUCACUAUUCAGAGCAAGAUGAGGGCCAACAAUCAGAAAGUCUACAUGCCCCGGGAAGGGAAGCUUAUCUCUGAUAUUAACAAGGCCUGGGAAAGACUGGAAAAAGCGGAACAUGAGCGAGAACUGGCUCUGCGGAAUGAGCUCAUAAGACAGGAGAAACUGGAACAGCUUGCCCGCAGAUUUGAUCGCAAGGCAGCUAUGAGAGAGACUUGGCUGAGUGAAAACCAGCGUCUGGUGUCUCAGGACAACUUUGGAUUUGACCUUCCAGCAGUUGAGGCUGCCACUAAAAAACACGAGGCCAUUGAGACAGACAUUGCUGCAUAUGAGGAACGUGUGCAAGCUGUGGUAGCCGUGGCCAGGGAGCUGGAGGCAGAGAACUACCACGACAUCAAGCGUAUCACAGCAAGGAAAGACAAUGUCAUCCGGCUCUGGGAAUACCUUCUGGAACUGCUCAGGGCCCGCAGGCAGCGCCUCGAGAUGAACCUGGGGCUGCAGAAGAUAUUCCAGGAAAUGCUCUACAUUAUGGACUGGAUGGAUGAAAUGAAGGUGCUGUUACUGUCUCAGGACUAUGGCAAGCACUUGCUCGGUGUGGAAGACCUGUUACAGAAGCAUGCCUUGGUUGAAGCGGACAUUGGCAUCCAGGCAGAGCGGGUGAGAGGUGUCAAUGCCUCCGCCCAGAAGUUUGCAACAGAUGGGGAAGGUUACAAGCCCUGUGACCCCCAGGUGAUCCGAGACCGUGUGGCCCACAUGGAAUUCUGUUAUCAAGAGCUUUGCCAGCUGGCGGCUGAGCGCCGGGCCCGUCUAGAAGAGUCCCGUCGCCUCUGGAAGUUCUUCUGGGAGAUGGCAGAAGAGGAAGGCUGGAUCCGGGAAAAGGAAAAGAUCCUGUCCUCCGACGAUUAUGGGAAAGACCUGACCAGUGUCAUGCGCCUGCUCAGCAAGCACCGGGCGUUCGAGGACGAGAUGAGUGGCCGCAGCAGCCACUUUGAGCAGGCCAUCAAAGAAGGCGAAGACAUGAUCACAGAGGAGCACUUUGGGUCAGAGAAGAUUCGAGAGAGGAUCAUUUACAUCCGGGAGCAAUGGGCCAACCUGGGGCACCUCUCAGCCAUUCGGAAGAAGCGCCUGGAGGAGGCCUUGCUGCUGCACCAGUUCCAGGCAGAUGCUGAUGACAUCGAUGCUUGGAUGCUGGACAUCCUCAAGAUCGUCUCCAGCAAUGAUGUGGGCCAUGACGAGUACUCCACACAGUCUCUGGUCAAGAAACACAAGGAUGUGGCAGAGGAGAUUGCCAACUACAGGCCCACCAUUGACACACUGCACGAGCAAGCCAGCGCCCUCCCCCAGGAGCAUGCAGAGUCUCCGGAUGUGAGGGGCAGGCUGUCGGGCAUCGAGGAGCGGUACAAGGAGGUGGCAGAGCUGACGCGGCUAAGGAAGCAGGCGCUUCAAGACACUCUGGCCCUGUACAAGAUGUUCAGUGAGGCUGAUGCCUGUGAGCUCUGGAUAGAUGAGAAGGAGCAGUGGCUUAACAACAUGCAGAUCCCAGAGAAGCUGGAAGACUUGGAGGUCAUCCAGCACAGAUUUGAGAGCCUAGAGCCAGAAAUGAACAACCAGGCCUCCCGGGUUGCAGUGGUGAACCAGAUUGCACGGCAGCUGAUGCACAGCGGCCACCCGAGUGAGAAGGAAAUCAAAGCCCAACAGGACAAACUGAACACGAGGUGGAGUCAGUUCAGAGAACUGGUCGACAGGAAGAAGGACGCUCUUCUCUCUGCCUUGAGCAUACAGAACUACCACCUCGAGUGCAAUGAAACCAAAUCCUGGAUUCGGGAAAAGACCAAGGUUAUCGAAUCCACCCAGGACCUGGGCAACGACCUGGCCGGCGUCAUGGCCCUGCAGCGUAAGCUGACCGGCAUGGAACGGGACUUGGUGGCCAUCGAGGCGAAGCUGAGCGACCUGCAGAAGGAGGCAGAGAAGCUUGAGUCUGAGCACCCCGACCAGGCUCAGGCCAUCCUGUCUCGGCUGGCCGAGAUCAGCGACGUGUGGGAGGAGAUGAAGACCACCCUGAAAAACCGAGAAGCUUCCCUGGGGGAGGCCAGCAAGCUGCAGCAGUUUCUGCGGGACCUGGACGACUUCCAGUCCUGGCUCUCCAGGACCCAGACGGCCAUCGCCUCUGAAGACAUGCCCAACACGCUGACCGAGGCAGAGAAGCUUCUCACACAGCACGAGAACAUCAAAAAUGAGAUCGACAACUACGAGGAGGACUACCAGAAGAUGAGGGACAUGGGCGAGAUGGUCACCCAGGGGCAGACUGACGCCCAGUACAUGUUUCUGCGGCAGCGGCUGCAGGCCUUGGACACUGGAUGGAACGAGCUCCACAAGAUGUGGGAGAACAGGCAGAAUCUCCUCUCCCAGUCCCACGCCUACCAGCAGUUCCUCAGGGACACGAAGCAGGCUGAAGCCUUCCUCAACAACCAGGAGUAUGUUUUGGCCCAUACUGAAAUGCCUACCACAUUGGAAGGAGCUGAAGCAGCUAUUAAAAAACAGGAGGACUUCAUGACUACCAUGGAUGCCAAUGAGGAGAAAAUCAAUGCUGUUGUGGAGACUGGCCGGAGGCUGGUGAGCGAUGGAAACAUCAAUUCAGAUCGCAUCCAGGAGAAGGUGGACUCUAUUGAUGACAGACAUAGGAAGAAUCGUGAGGCGGCCAGUGAGCUUCUGAUGAGAUUGAAGGAUAACAGGGAUCUUCAGAAAUUCCUGCAAGAUUGUCAGGAGCUGUCUCUCUGGAUCAAUGAAAAGAUGCUUACUGCCCAGGACAUGUCUUACGACGAAGCCAGAAAUCUGCACAGUAAAUGGUUAAAACAUCAGGCAUUUAUGGCAGAACUAGCAUCUAACAAAGAAUGGCUUGACAAAAUUGAGAAGGAAGGAAUGCAGCUCAUUUCAGAAAAGCCCGAGACAGAAGCUGUGGUGAAGGAGAAACUCACUGGUUUACAUAAAAUGUGGGAAGUCCUUGAAUCUACCACCCAGACCAAGGCCCAGCGGCUCUUUGAUGCAAACAAGGCUGAACUUUUCACGCAGAGCUGUGCAGAUCUGGACAAAUGGCUGCACGGACUGGAGAGUCAGAUUCAGUCUGAUGACUAUGGGAAAGACCUGACCAGCGUCAACAUCCUGCUGAAAAAGCAACAGAUGCUGGAGAAUCAGAUGGAAGUUCGAAAGAAAGAGAUUGAAGAGCUCCAGAGCCAGGCCCAGGCCCUGAGUCAGGAGGGGAAAAGCACCGACGAGGUGGACAGCAAGCGCCUCACCGUGCAGACCAAGUUCACUGAGUUGCUAGAGCCCUUGAACGAAAGGAAGCAUAACCUGCUGGCCUCCAAAGAAAUCCAUCAGUUCAACAGGGAUGUGGAAGACGAGAUUUUGUGGGUUGGAGAGAGGAUGCCUUUGGCAACUUCCACGGAUCAUGGCCACAACCUCCAGACUGUGCAGCUGUUAAUAAAGAAAAAUCAGACCCUCCAGAAAGAAAUCCAGGGGCACCAGCCUCGUAUCGAUGACAUCUUUGAGAGGAGCCAAAACAUCGUCACCGACAGUAGCAGCCUCAGUGCCGAGGCUAUCCGGCAGAGGCUCGCUGACCUGAAGCAGCUGUGGGGCCUCCUCAUCGAGGAGACAGAGAGGCGCCACAGGCGGCUAGAGGAGGCGCACAGGGCCCAGCAAUACUACUUUGACGCGGCUGAGGCCGAGGCGUGGAUGAGCGAGCAGGAGCUGUACAUGAUGUCUGAGGAGAAGGCCAAGGAUGAGCAGAGUGCCGUCUCCAUGCUGAAGAAGCACCAGAUUCUGGAACAAGCUGUGGAGGACUAUGCGGAGACAGUGCACCAGCUCUCUCAGACCAGCCGGGCCCUGGUGGCUGAUGGCCAUCCUGAAAGUGAGCGCAUCAGCAUGCGGCAAUCCAAAGUGGAUAAGCUGUACGCUGGUCUGAAGGACCUUGCUGAAGAGAGGAGAGGCAAGCUGGACGAGAGGCACAGGCUGUUCCAGCUCAACCGAGAGGUGGAUGACCUGGAGCAGUGGAUCGCCGAGAGGGAGGUGGUCGCAGGGUCGCAUGAGUUGGGGCAGGACUACGAGCAUGUCACGAUGUUACAAGAACGAUUCCGGGAAUUUGCUCGAGACACAGGGAACAUUGGACAGGAGCGUGUGGACACGGUCAAUCACAUGGCAGAUGAACUCAUCAACUCUGGACAUUCAGAUGCCGCCACCAUUGCUGAGUGGAAGGACGGGCUCAAUGAAGCCUGGGCUGACCUCCUGGAGCUCAUUGACACGAGAACACAGAUUCUUGCUGCCUCCUAUGAACUGCAUAAGUUUUACCAUGACGCCAAGGAGAUCUUUGGGCGCAUACAGGACAAACACAAGAAGCUCCCCGAGGAGCUUGGGAGAGAUCAGAACACCGUUGAGACCUUACAGAGAAUGCACACCACAUUUGAGCAUGACAUCCAGGCCCUGGGCACUCAGGUGGGUGGGGGACCUACCCAGGGAUUGUGGGGGAUGUUUUCUUUCCAUACAGCGCCUUAAGGCAUCUCUGAGGAUCUCCACUCCUUAGCUCCUCAAAACAUUGCUCAGAGAAUUGUCCAAAUCAAAUGCACACGUAUGCAUGCAUCCAGGCACCUUGCCAUGGGUCUCCAUCUGGGAGACCUCAAAACCCACCAUCUGAGUUUGCCGUGUUUGCAGACAUGGUUAGAUGAACAUCCCCAUGAUUCAAGUAAAUAAACCAGAUGCACACACAAGCAUUUGCAAGUUGCCUUUCAACAAGAAUUUCCAUUAUGUUAGCAUAUCUAUCAAGAAUAAUUUCCAGAACAAUACCUUAUUACUAUUUUCCAUCAACCAGGGUCUUAGUUUUAUAUCCAGAAAGAGGAAAAACAAGAUUCUUAGGUUUUUAACAUACCUGGUCUUCCUGCCCCCCCCCACUAUAAAAAGGCUAACACUAAGACUAUGUAAAAGAUGUCUGACAAAGUGAUUGCAUUAUAACAGUAAGAAUCUGGUAUAAUGCCUCCCUGGUUUGCUCUCUCGUCUCUGUACAGUUUCUUGUUUAGUCUUACUGUCUUUGAGAUGAAAAACAAGGUUUUUUCCCUAAAUUUCAUGAUCCUAGAGAAGAAUUCAGUUUUAUUUAAGACGCCAGCUAUGAAUACAUGAGGGGUUUUAUUUUUGUCCACUAGGAGCACACUAAUAAUGUAGUGCCAGGGCCAGCAAAGAUCUGUAGAAGCCCAGGUAAUAAAUAUUUGUGGCUUGGGGGGAAAUACGGUCCCUGUUGAAACUACUCAGCUCUACCGUUGUAGCAUAAAGCAGCCAUAGACAUGAAAAUGAAAGGGCAUGGCUGUGUACCACUGCCUCUGUAUUUAGAAAAACAGGCAGAUCUGACUUGGGCUGACCCCGAUCUAGUGUGGCAGCCUUGCCGUUAUUUGGGGUGCUCUGGGGGGGGGGCACCUUUACUGCCAUUGUCUUCUCACUUCCCCUUAAUUUUUCCCUUCUAGAGGCUUUCAGAUCACAGCUGGGGCUCUGUUCAGAUCAGGUGGCUUCAGUUUGUCCACCAAGGUGGGGGUAGAAGGUAUUGAGAAGAUAUUUGAAAUAUAUGGAGCGGCUGGGGGUCUGCAUGAAGCAGAAUUUAAAAGGGCCCACUGUGCAUUCAUUGUAAGGGCUUCCAAUCGCAGUAUCAAAAGGUACAUGCACCUGUAAUUUUGAUGGGUACUGUGUGUGCCUUAUCCUUUCAGCUGUAACUUACUGUCCUUUCAACAAUGAAUUGGCUCCCUGGCAGGUAAAUCAUCAAACUUGAGUUUUUGCCAACUAAUAUAUGAUAAAUUACAGUA